UGUCAAGUCCGCCGAUCGCCAGGGUUCCGCAAUCCGCAUAUUUUUCUUAAUUUUUCCUUCUACUUUCAUACGAACUGCCCUUUAAAUCGAUUUCAAAUAUGGGCAUCAAAUUCUUAAAACUAGCAUCAUCUCCAUUUAGGAGUGGCAAUUUAAGGACUGGAAUCAGACAGUAUGCCACAACACAUGAUGCAGACCUUGUUGUCAUUGGGUCGGGCCCUGGCGGAUAUGUUGCUGCCAUCAAAGCCGCUCAACUGGGCUUAAAGACAGUGUCAGUAGAAAAAGAUCCAACAUUGGGAGGAACUUGCUUAAAUGUUGGAUGCAUCCCCUCAAAGGCUUUACUGCAUAACUCGCAUUUGUAUCACAUGGCCCAACAUGACUUCAAAAAUAGAGGAAUUGAAGUUGGAAAUCUUUCAUUGAACUUUGAAACUAUGAUGUCGUAUAAAGUCAAUGCAGUUAAAGCCUUAACCGGAGGAAUUGCUAUGCUUUUUAAUAAAAACAAGGUUCAACUAGUACGAGGAGUUGGUAGUAUUACAGCACCUAAUAAAGUAGAAGUCAAAGGUGAAAAAGGAGUUGAAACUAUCAAUACAAAGAACAUCUUGAUUGCAACUGGAUCUGAAGUGACACCAUUUCCAGGUGUAACUUUUGAUGAGCAGCAAAUCGUCACAUCAACAGGGGCGCUUGCGCUAUCCAAAGUGCCCAAGAAGAUGUUAGUGAUCGGUGCUGGGGUCAUUGGCCUGGAGCUAGGCUCAGUUUACCAGAGGCUUGGUGCUGAUGUGACUGCUAUCGAGUUCCUUGAUUCUAUUGGAGGUAUUGGUAUUGAUGGUGAGGUUUCAAAAACUUUGCAGAAGAUUAUGGCAAAGCAGGGCAUGAAGUUCAAGCUCGGCACCAAAGUUACAGGUGUCAAGAAAGAGGGCAACAUUGUCAAAGUCAGUGUUGAAGCUGCCAAAGGAGGAAAUGCCGAAACUUUGGAGUGCGACGUGGUGCUAAUUUCCAUUGGCAGGCGGCCAUACACACGGGACUUGGGGCUUGACAAAGUGGGCAUUGCUCUGGACGACAGAGGCCGUGUCCCGGUUAACAACAAAUUCCAGACUACAAUUCCCGGAAUAUACGCGAUCGGUGACGUAAUCCACGGCCCCAUGUUGGCUCACAAAGCGGAAGACGAAGGUAUCGUUUGUGUUGAGGGUAUAAAGGGUAUGCCUGUACACUUCAACUACGACGCCAUUCCAUCCGUCAUCUACACGUCCCCUGAAGUUGGUUGGGUUGGCAAAUCGGAGGAGGAUCUCAAAAAAGAGGGUAGAGCAUACAAAGUGGGCAAAUUCCCGUUCCUGGCGAACUCCCGAGCGAAGACCAACGGCGAGCCCGACGGCUUCGUCAAAGUGCUAGCUGACAAGACCACAGAUGUCAUCCUCGGCACACACAUUAUUGGACCAGGUGGCGGAGAAUUGAUCAACGAAGCAGUGCUCGCGCAAGAGUACGGUGCAUCCGCUGAGGAUGUUGCCAGAGUCUGUCACGCCCAUCCCACGUGCGCGGAAGCAUUAAGAGAAGCUAACUUGGCCGCCUACAGUGGGAAACCAAUAAACUUCUAAACUUAGAAUUUAUGUUAAUAAUUAUGUGGUUGUACAAAAUAAUGUAUGCGUCUCUCAAUAUCAGUCACGUAUCACCACUAAGGAUCUUGUAUGAAUCUAUUGUGAACGAUUAAUAUUAUCUAUAUAUUA